GUUGAAUCCGCAAGCCGGCGGCGUACUGAUGCUGCUGCUGCUGGUGGUGGUGGGUGUGCGUGAGCGCUGUCAGCAGCUCGGAUAAAUCCGGGGAUGCAGCGGUUGCCUCGCAGAUUAUACUCAUUAUCCCUGGCCGCGCUGCUGCGCAUGUCCCAUCCCACGCCCGCGCACAGACGCCGCCACCGCCACUACCGCCGCCGUCGCUCGCCGCUGGGGCUUCUUCUUCUUCUCCUUCUCUCUCCUCUCUCCUCGCAACAGCAGACGUCAAUUUUGAGCACGUCUGCAGGAAGCAGCCCCCGUGCCUCCGCGUGCGGUACGGGAUGCCGUACGGGAUGUGUGUUAGUAGUGUACGGGUACGCUGUGCGGUAGAAUGCAGGUAAAGAAUGUAGCCGAGUAUAUAGAGAGAGAGAGACGGGGAGGGGGGGAGGCACGCAGAGCGCAGUGGCUGCGAUCGCCCGUCCGCGCGCGUAUUUUUUGUUUGUAUUUAUACAGAGAGGCUUACUAUAUUCUGUAACGGACACUCGCUAUUAGAUUAUUAUUAUUAUGACAUACGUCGGCACUUGACGCCAGCGUCCAGCCCCAUCCGUGCACGCCCGGUCCGUAUUUAUAGCAAAUGUUUGGGUGUUCUUGGCGACAACGGUGGGUCGGCCGCCGGUGGAGAGCGAGCGAGAGGCGGCACCGGCGAGUCGGGAAGCGGCGGGGAGCUGCGGGGCUCUGCGCGCAUCCGUGGUGAUCCGGGGUGCGCGCAUGACCCGCGGAUAAGAGGAACCCCCUGCCCCCCCCUCCCCACAGAUCUCCCCCCACCUUCCUACCCCCCCCCCCCGAUCAACCUAGACCCGCCACCCCUACAUCCCACACACCCACCUAUCCAUCCACCCGCAUACCAAACGUGGCCACCUAAACCUACCCAAACAUACCGAACCGCCGAACCAGACUUCCAAUUUGCCGUUCCUCCCCAAAUCCACCCCUCGACACCCAAGUCAACCUAACCAUCAAGCAGCAGCAACAGCAGCAGCAAGCUCUACCCACCCUCACCAGCGACCCCGCCAGCCUGUGCAUGGAUGGCACUGCCAUGGAUGACUCGCCGUUCCAGAAGGUGAAGUCCAGGCGAAAGAGAUGUCCCUGCAUCCCCGGGCGGCGCGCCGAGGCGCUGGGCUGCGAGGAGGAGUUCAGCUGCCGAGAACUCGAGGGCCUCUUCCUGAGCUACAACCUCAAGCUGGAGCAGACUGGUACGCUCAAGGCGCUCGCCGUGCUCAUCGUCACCACGGCCACCAUCGCCGUGGUGGAGCUCACCUCGUCACCCACCAUCACGGUGGCGAAGGGCUCCAAUCCCAUCCACUGCGUCAUCUUCACGUCGCUCUUCAUCGUAACGAACGUCAAGUACCUGCAGGUGACUCAGCUGCAGCAGAUCGUCAACCUGACGCUGCUCUUCAGCUUCACCUUCUCGUUCCUCUGCUGCCCGUUCCCCUUCACGCUGGGAAUGUCGGGGCAGCCGCCGUCUCACGGCAUGUGGCAGGUCAUGCUCGUCACAUUCGUGGUGUACGCUCUGCUGCCUGUGCGGACUUUGCUCGCUCUGCUCUUCGGGCUCAUGGUCUCCAUCUCCCACUUCAUCGUCACGGCCACGUCGGCGCCGCCGUUACCGAACGGCUUGUGGAGGACGUUGCUGGCAAAUGUGUCUCUCUUUGUGAGCGUGAACCUCUCGGGCGCCUUCAUUCGCGUGCUCACCGAGCGCGCCCAGCGCAAAGCCUUCCUGCAGGCACGCAACUGCAUCGAGGAUCGCCUUCGACUGGAGGACGAGAAUGAGAAGCAGGAGCGUCUGCUUAUGAGUCUCCUGCCGAGGCACGUGGCCAUGGAGAUGAAAGAGGAUUUCCUAAAGCCCCCAGAACGAAUCUUUCACAAAAUAUACAUCCAGCGGCAUGACAAUGUAAGCAUCCUUUUUGCAGAUAUCGUUGGGUUUACAAGUCUGGCAUCGCAGUGUACGGCGCAGGAGCUCGUUAAACUGCUUAAUGAGCUUUUUGGAAAGUUUGAUGAACUGGCUACGGAGAAUCACUGCAGGAGGAUUAAAAUUCUGGGCGACUGUUAUUACUGCGUCUCAGGCCUAACGCAGCCUAAGGCGGACCACGCUCACUGCUGUGUGGAGAUGGGUUUGGACAUGAUUGACACCAUCACGUCAGUGGCGGAGGCAACUGAGGUUGACCUGAACAUGCGAGUGGGGCUGCACACUGGCCGUGUGCUAUGUGGAGUGCUGGGCCUGCGCAAGUGGCAAUAUGAUGUAUGGUCCAAUGAUGUGACGCUUGCCAAUGUAAUGGAAGCUGGUGGUCUGCCUGGAAAAGUGCACAUCACAAAAUCCACCUUGGACUGUCUGAAUGGGGAUUAUGAAGUAGAGCCUGGAAACGGAAAGGACAGAAACAGCUACUUGAGAAAGCACAACAUUGAAACGUACUUCAUCGUUCCGUCGCACCGCAGGAAGAUCUUUCCAGGCCUGAUAUUGGCUGACAUUAAACCAGCUAAGAGGAUGAGGUUUAAGACCGUGUGUUACCUCCUGGUACAGCUGAUGCACUGCCGUAAGAUGUUCAAGGCUGAAAUCCCCUUCUCAAACGUCAUGACCUGCGUGGAUGACGAUAAGGGCCGGGCUAUGCGCACGGCCUCCGAGAAACUGCGCCACCGCUCCUCCUUCUCGUCGACGCUGCUCCACAGCAGCCCAAGCUCCCGCGUCAACCGCUACAUCACGCGGCUUAUCGAGGCUCGCAGCACAGAGUCCGACAUGGCCGACAUGCACUUCUUUUCCCUCUGUUACAAGCAGUCAGAACGCGAGCACAAGUACCACCAGCUGGAGGAUGAGUACUUCAUGAGUGCUGUCACACUUUGUCUGAUUCUGGCUGCUAUCCUGGGCCUUAUUUACCUGCUGCUCCUUCCAACGAACACUGUGGUGGUGGUGCUGCUCGUAGCGUCAAUCUGUUUCCUUGUGAUUUGCCUUAUGUAUUUGCAUAUUGCACAUGUACAGUGUUUUCCAGGCUGCCUAACGAUACAGCUACGGACUACCCUGACCCUCUGUAUCAUUGCCCUAAUAUUCUCCACUGCUCAGAGCUGUGUGGUGGCCUGCAUGACGUGGUAUUGGGCAGAAGUUGGAAACUCUUCCAUUGCAACUGUGACGCCCACUUCCGAGUCAGGACUUGUGUCGGUGUCCACGUUGUCGGUUACGCCCCAGACCCUGCCGGCUCUGGAGGUUUCCCAGUUCAACAGCACCUUGUCCGGAGUAACCGCGACCACAGCAAGUCCCUCCGCACAGGCAUACACGCCAGCGCCCAGUGACUUGGCACAGUAUGGCCUGCUGGGCUGCCUCAACAGCAUCCUCACACUGUCUCUCUUCCUGCGCAUCUCCUCCCUGCCCAAGCUGCUGAUGCUGAUCUUGCUGUCUGUGGUCUACGUUCUGGUGCUAGAGUUAGGCGGAUAUCGUCACAUUGCCGGGACAAGUGCGCUGUACAUGAAGGCAUACGAGCCGGUGCUCACAAUCUUGCUCUUCAUCUGCGCCAUGGGACUGCACUCUCGCCAGCUGGACCUCAAGCUCCGGCUAGACUACCUUUGGGCUUCCCAGGCGGAAGACGAGCGAGGCGACAUGGAGAGGGUAAAAAACGACAAUAAGCGCAUCCUGUUCAACCUGCUGCCAGCCCACGUAGCGCAACAUUUCCUGCAGUCCAACCCACGCAACAUGGAUCUGUAUUACCAAUCCUAUUCGCAAGUAGGUGUUCUUUUUGCUUCAAUACCAAACUUCAACGACUUCUACAUAGAACUGGAUGGAAACAACAUGGGGGUGGAGUGUUUACGGCUACUGAAUGAAAUCAUCGCGGAUUUUGAUGAGCUUCUGGAUAAGGAAUGCUUUAAGGACAUUGAAAAAAUUAAAACGAUUGGGAGCACCUACAUGGCAGCUGUUGGAUUGGUUCCAACAUCAGGGACAAAGGCCAAGUGCUCCAUCAUCUCCCACUUGAGUUCAGUUGCUGACUUUGCAAUGGAAAUGUUUGAUGUGGUGGAUGAAAUCAAUUAUCAGUCCUACAAUGACUUUGUGCUUAGAGUUGGAAUCAGUGUUGGGCCCGUUGUGGCUGGGGUGAUUGGUGCUCGCAGGCCGCAGUACGACAUCUGGGGGAACACCGUCAAUGUGGCGAGUCGCAUGGACAGCACAGGCCUACCAGGAAAAAUACAGGUGAGUGAGGAUGUGUACAAGAUCCUAAAGCAGAGCAACUACGAGUUCACCUGCCGUGGAAAAGUCACCGUGAAGGGCAAAGGGGAGAUGCUCACAUACUUUCUGGAGGGCAAGCAGGGCCUGGAGAGCUGCCCGGCUGAGGGAAGGCUCGCCCGUGCCUCGUUUCAGGAACGCAGGAUGUAUCCAAUCAGCAGAGUGGCUCUCAAAUAUGUUGCGGGCUGGGACUCUGGAACCUCUUCAGACGUUGUAGUCGGCGGCGACAGAUUCUCACUGAGGGCGAUCGCCAACGCAACGGUCCCCAGUUUCUCUGCUGUGCCUGCCGUGGCCGAGAUGUCCGUCUGACUGGUCCAUUUGGAACUUGUACGCGUGUUGCUGAUGGGGGUUGUAAAAGCUAGAAAACAACUGCACCACUUUUAGCCUCCUCAUUGACACUGCCAAAUAAUCGUUACAUUUAAAGUAUUAUCGAGGCAGUAUGUGUGUCUGAAGGGUUCACCACGUGUAAAACUAAUGUCUGCUGCGUUAUCUGUAGACCAUAUGCUUGUAACUGCGACCUGACCAUACAAUUGCCACGUUAAAUGUCCACACUCUUGACAACUGUGAAAGCUUCAGCUGGAGAGCAGAUCUCGUCACAGCGCCCAUUAGCCAUUCUACAACCAACCUCUGGGUAGUAAAAGUCCUGUCUGCUCUGACAUAUAAUCAUAGUUCAUGUCAAAGGAAACGUUCUAUCCAUUUAACUUUCAAGCUCAGUUCAUUGGUGUUGCUUCCCUGGACACUACCAACUCACAUGUUGCAACCAAAGCAACUGUCAUCAUACAAAUGUCAUUCUGUACAUUAUUGCACACUGUACAGUAUUAUGGCUGUAAUAUUCAACCUUCAAAUGACCAAAAUACUGUCAUGUUUUUUUUUGUUAACUCCUUUUGGUAGCUUGUGUUAACACUUGUCACUGGUAUCAAUCAUUGUCACUCACACUUGCCAUAUAUUUGCCUCCAAUUAUUGUCCCUAUUUGACUGCCUUUCAGUUAAAAAAAAUAUACUGCCAAAUGUUUUUAUGAUAAACUAAAGUGCUUCAACACUGAUAUGCCUCUUGUAGUAUUGCAGACAUUUUCAGUGACGUAUGUAGGAAUUUUUCUAAUGCUAAAAACUUUUGAAAGACCAAAAAAGACAGAGACUGUAGUAGGAAAUAUAAUCGAGUGUUAACAUAAAUUUCAGUAGGGCAAAAUUAUUAGCAUUACAAAAGUAAGUUUGUUUCACUAUGAUUCCAAGUAAAUGCUGGUUCUUUGAGGGGAAUUUGCCAUCUUUUAACAUUUUAAAAUCAAUUUUCCAGUGUGCCACAUUACUAUUUAGUCAUUUGUUGCUUUUUAACACAAAUUAAACAUGGAAUGCUUUCCACACUAUAUAAAUCUUCUGAUUUAUCUAAUUAUGUUUUUGGGCUUGUUUUGUUGGUGUGUUUGAAGCAUCAGGGAUUGUGUUGAAUGCAAACAUUUAUUUUAACUUUUUUUUUAUCUGAUCUUGUGAUAAGCAGUCUUAUUUUGUGGGUAAAGUUUCACAGUGUUUACUAUUUGUGGCACAUCAUAGAGUAAAACUAACUUCUUUGGUUUACUAUACAAACAAGUUAAUACCUAACCUCAUAGUGACAGGCAUGACGCAUGCAUUAACUGUAUAUUAAACGUGUACGUUUUGCACAAACGUGUUCAACGGCAUGGCUUAUAGCAUGGCAUCACCUCUGCACAGUGUAUCGUAACAUUUUUUUCAUGCAUGUUGGAGCAUGCUGCAUUUUUGUCAAAAAUGAGCAGUGUGUGUCUCCAGUUUAUUAUCUGGAGUAUUCACUUUAUAAUGUAUUGUAUAUUCUGUAAGUGGAUGUAAUAGAAAUUUGAUACAGCAAUAUUUUAUGAAUUGUUAAAUUUAAAAAUAAGAAAAGAAAACUGAAAAAAAGUAUUUUGUGAUUUGAAAUUUUUGAGUGGCCAGAUUUUUUUACGAAAAUCGUUCUAAAAAAAAUGAACUGUCAACAUUACAAAUACAGGUGAAUUUGUUUCCAUUUUAUUUGCUGAAAGAAGCACAAGUGAAAAUGGUUUAGAUGUAGUAAACCCGUUGUCUGUCCCUCUAGUGAUGUGUCAGCCCUGGGUGGAUGUUGACUUGUUUAAUGCGAAUACAUGCCUGAGCAUGGUACUGAAAUUAAAGAUCCAUUUUUAUGUUGCUA